AUGGGACCUGGACGAACAGUCCGGCCACCAAGAAAUGCCCCGCAAUCUCAAGGUCAACAUUCUGGGAGUACCUCAGCAUCAAAAUCCAGGAAGGUACGUGGGAUAAAUAAGGGAAAGGGCUUGGAGCGUUUGAUCAAAAGGGCAGGUCAUCCACUAAACUUGACCAUCUCCGAAGAGAGAAGACCUAUUGGAGAAAAUAAUGAAUUACUUUCCAGAGAGAUUGGACUUCUUACACGGUACCAUGCACCAUUCCAACGUGCCGGGUGGCAUAGUCUGACUGAGGAUGAUAAGGAGCCGUUGUAUGAACUUCUAAAGCUUAAGUUCAAUCUUGAUUUCACCCAAGAUCAUAUCAAAGGCUGUGUGGAUCUGCUAUUCUCUUCAAGCUACAAAAGUUUCCGUCACAAGUGUUAUGAACAUUAUGUAAAAUCUGGUGAUGAUGCUAGAAGCAAUCCAUAUCCUCCCCUUAUUGAUAAUAGAGUUGGAGACUGGAUUUGGCUCUGUGAUCAUUUUGAAACAGAAGAAUUUAAGAAAUGGUCCACAAUUGGGAAGGCUAACCGCUCAAACCUACCUUAUGUUCACAAGAAGGGAACAAAGUCAUUUGUAGCGGUUCAACAUGAAUUAAAUUGUGGCGAUAUCAGACUAUACAAGGAGUGUUACUCUAGUGAUAAGAAGGGAUGGGCAUCAGAAGAUGCCAGGAAUAAACAUGAAGAAAUGUUGCAGAAGCAAAAGGAACCUAUAGAGGAGGGUGAAGUACCUUUAACAGAGCAACAGAAGAAGAUCGAUUGGCUACAAAGUGUCGUGUCUAACUUGGUUGGCAUUUCACCUCCUAUGGACGGCACUAGUGCAACAGGGCUAGGUUUCACAACUGAGUGGCCAAUGCCAUCUGACGGAAUAGGUUCGCUGAUAUCUAACACUGUAGAAAGGAUGUCAAGUUUUCCAAGAUCAUUUGCAAGUCAUUUGAGGCCAGGAUAUAGACCUGCUCCAACUUCUUCUUCUGAUGGCAAUGGCUCUCUGGUGUCGGAUGGAGGGUCCAGGUAUUCAUGA